AUGAGACCAGAUUGCCCGACACUGAAGGGCAGCCCAAAGCCAGCAGUAAAUGCCAACUCCAUUACCCUGAGCACUCAGGCUGAACCAAGCCUCAACAGCACCACCUUAAGUUCAGGUGCAAGCAAAGCAGUGGCUAAUGCCAACCCCAUCGUCUCCAGUGGUAUGGGAGGAGGUGAUGAGCUCACCAGUUAUGUCAGAACUAAGGCAUGGCAAGGGAGUGAGAGGUUUAUUAUGGAGGCAAAGGUCAAUGGUGUUGAAUGCAUGGGAUGGCAAGACACUGGCUCGGAUGUAACUAAAGUCAAGGGACAUCUGGUGAAGCCAGAGGACAUGUUCCCUGGGGAAUAUGUGACGAUAGUAGCACUAUCUGAGUACUCUGUGGACCUGCCGAUGGCUAGAAUCCACCUUGAGUGGGAUGGCUUUAAACGGGAUGUGAAGGCUGCUGUCCGGGAUUUAAUUCCGGCGGAUGUUUUGGUAGGAAAUAACAUACUGGGGGUGCCUGGCCAAGUUAAUGUGGUGACCAGGUCACAGAGGGAGUUUGGGUCUGUGGCAAAUACCCUGACUGAUGGCAGUGAGGGGAACGGCAAACAGACAGAGAGUGUCUCUCAAGAUGAAUCAGGGGACUCAGACCAGCGGCUGAUUCUGGGCAUGAACGUGGGGGACGAGUGCCAGACGCUUCCUGGGGAGCUGCGGACACCCACACAGGAGGGUGAGGAGCUCAGGGCUCCUAUCCCCAAGAAUGUCUGCAGUAGUGAUGAAACCAAGAUGCUGUCGAUGGACCAGGAAGAUGUGGAGGAAGAGCUGGACCCCAGGAUACAGGAGGAGCUGGAGCAUCUCAACCAGGCCAAUGAGAUCAACCGGGUGGAACUGCAGCUGGACGAAGCCAGGACCACAUACCGCAGGAUCCUCUCUGAAUCGGCCAGGAAGCUCAACACCCAGGGCUCCCAGCUGGGGAACUGCAUCGAGAAAGCGCGUCCGUACUAUGAGGCCCGUCGCCUGGCCAAGGAGGCUCAGCAGGAGACGCAGAAGGCAGCACUGCGGUACGAAUGGGCGGUCAGCAUCCACAACGCCGCCCGCGAGAUGGUCUUUGUGGCGGAACAGGGCGUCAUGGCCGACAAGAACCGGCUCGACCCCACCUGGCAGGAGAUGCUCAACCAUGCCACCUGCAAGGUGAAUGAGGCGGAGGAGGAGCGGAUGCAAAGCGAGCGGGAGCACCAGCGCGUCACUCCGCUCUGCCAGCAGGCGGAAGCCAAGGUGCAGAGCCUGCAGAAAUCCCUCAAGCGUGUCAUCGUAAAGAGCAAGCCCGACUUCGAGCUCAAGGCCCAGUUCAACCAGAUCCUCGAGGAGCACAAGGCCAAGGUGACGGGGCUGGAGCAGCGGGUCUCCCAAGCCAAAAGGCGCUACUCGGUGGCGCUUCGUAACCUGGAGCAGAUCAGUGAGCAGAUCCACGCCCGGCGGCUGCAGCGCCUCAUCCAAUGCCGGGCCUCGCCAGUAGGGGCAGAGGCAGGGGCUGGCCUGGGUGCUGAGUGCCCCCCCACGGACACGCUCUCCAUGCUCAGCUUGCAGACCAUUGCCUCCGACCUGCAGAAGUUUGACUCGGUGGAGCAUCUGCUGGGGCUGUCGGACGCCACCAGUCUCAACAGCGAUGAGCUGGAGGAGCAGGAGCAGCGACGGGGCGGACAGAGCCAGUUCAAGCACCACCGCAGCGUCAGCCUCUAA